UUUUUUAAGAGUUUGCUUAAUUCAUUUUUUAGGUUUCAUGGGGAGAAUCAAGUAUGAUUCAAGCUGAAAGGUUAUUUUCCUGAACCCAAAGAACAAGGAAAUGUUGCUGGAGAACUUCAAAGAACAGCUUGCUUUGUCUGUGAGAAGCAUCCAGUAGAGCUAUGCAAUAUUCUGGUCUACUUCAUCUACCCAACCCGGCAGGGUGUUGAGUUGGGGGGAAGGAUAUUACGAUGGAGACAUUAAGACAAGGAGUGGAACUCAAUUUUGAUCAGAUAGGGUUACAGCGGAGUGAGCAGCUUCGGGAGUUAUACAAGUCCCUCAAAGCUGUAGAAGCCAGCCCUCAAACCAAAAGGCGUUCAGCAGCACUGUCUCCGGAGGAUCUCACAGAUACAGAAUGGUACUAUUUGGUUCGCAUGUCCUUUGUAUUCAACAUUGGCUAAGGGAGUUGAAAGCUAGAGGAAUUAACAAUAAGCACACUCUUGCUUAUCAGAGUCGAGUGGGCCUGGUACAGUGGUUGAAACCAUAUACAGAUGAAACUCUCGUUGAGCUUGGUCAGAAAGGUGUGAGGAGUCUUUUAGCUGUUCCAGUGAGCUUUGUGAGUGAGCACAUAGAGACCCUUGAAGAAAUUGACAUGGAGUACAGGGAGUUUGGACGGUGCAUGUGAUCAAGUGGGGGUAAUGUGUGACAGUGUGAGCGUAGGUCCCUCUCCAAUUCCACCAACCCUUUGCUUUGGUUUUUGGUUCAUUAAAUACAAACCAGUAAAACCACGCAAUCCAAAAGGAAACAAACACAUGUUUUUGGCUUUCAUUUGAUUCCUUUUCAACUCAAAUCCCCAACGUUACGUAGGAAUUUCUCCCUUUGACAUAUUAAUUAUACUUAUGCCAUUUUAUUCUUAUUUUUUAUUUUUGCUUGCUCACAUCCAGUAAUUGAAUAUUUGGUCGACCUUCCUUGCUUAUCUUAUCUAUUUCAUGGAUUACUUGAAAAUUUCGGAAUUAAAAUCAAUAUUUCUAGUGGCCUACAUUUAAUUUUCCAAUGCACUGACAUCAUUGCUUGCAGCUUGUUAUCUUUAGUCGUGUUAUCCUUAAGUCAUUGCUUAAGUAGAAAAAAGAUAUUCUAUUAUUAUAAUAUUAAUAAUUAAUAGUUCUAUUACUAGUUCUAUUACUAAUGUACGAGUAUAUGCAUGCAUUAAGGAUGGUUCUGAAUCGGUAAUGAUGUGCUUGAGGUGUUGUGUCAACAGCAGAGUAAUAUGGAUAUCUCAAAACAGCUUGUCUCUAAUGAAUAUAGAUCGUAUCUAAUAUUUCAUUAUUGUUUAUAGGUUUCUGAUUA